AUGGAUUAUGACCAUUCCAUUCUGAUGGAUGAUGAUAAAGAAAAUUCAACAAGGGAGCAUGUUCAGCGUCUCUUCAACAAGAAUGUUGAGUUGGAGAACAAGCGUAGGAAAGCAGCACAAGCCAGAGUACCUUCAGACCCAAAUGCGUGGCAACAGAUGCGUGAAAAUUAUGAAGCCAUUAUCCUGGAGGACCACGCUUUCUCUGAACAACACGACAUAGAGUAUGCUUUGUGGCAGUUGCAUUACAGGAGGAUUGAGGAGCUACGGGCACACUUGAAUGCCGCUCUAGCUUCUUCAGGAUUAGCUGCUUCUCAGAAUGGGAAAGGUCCAACUCGAGGGGGACCUGAUCGAGUUUCAAAGCUCCGUUCCCAGUUUAAGACUUUCCUUUCAGAGGCCACUGGGUUUUAUCAUGAUUUGAUGUUGAAGAUAAGGGCAAAGUAUGGUCUGCCAUUGGGAUAUUCUUCUGAUGAACCAGAGAAUCAGAUUUCCAUGUCUAAAGAUGGAAACAAAUCUUCUGAGGUGAAAAAGGGCUUGAUAUCCUGUCACCGCUGUUUUAUUUAUCUGGGGGAUCUUGCUCGUUACAAAGGCUUAUAUGGGGAAGGUGAUUCUAAAGCUCAGGCUUUUGCAGCAGCAUCGAGUUACUACUUGCAAGCUUCUUCACUUUGGCCUUCAAGUGGUAAUCCUCAUCAUCAGCUUGCUAUACUAGCAUCAUAUUCUAAUGAUGAGCUGGUCUCCAUCUAUCGCUAUUUUCGAAGUCUGGCAGUUGAAAACCCAUUCGUCACUGCACGGGAUAACUUGAUCAUUGUAUUUGAGAAGAAUCGGCAGAGUUAUACCCAACUACUUGGUGAUGCUAAAGCUACUUCAGUCAAGACCGUAUCUUCCCAGAUGCCUGGGAAAGGGAGAGGCAAAGGUGAAUCAAGGCCUUCUAUUAAGGAUGAUAAGGUGGAUUCAAGUGCAGUCAAGGAACGCGUAUGUACUGCACCUGAAGUCUUCAAAGCCUUCAACAUUCGAUUUGUUCGACUAAAUGGCAUUCUCUUUACACGUACAAGCUUGGAAACUUUUGCGGAAGUCUUCUCGAUGGUUAAAAAUGAUUUGUUGGAACUCCUUUCCUGUGGGCCUGACGAGAAAUGCAACUUUGGCUCGGAUGCAGCUGAGUGUAGGCUUGCAAUUAUCAGGCUGGUGGCCAUCCUUGUUUUCAGUGUUCACAAUGUAAAAAGGGAAAAUGAAAAUCAAUCAUAUGCUGAUAUUCUACAGCGCUCAGUUCUGCUUCAAAAUUCAUUUACCGCUGUCUUUGAAUUUAUGGCCUGCAUGCUUGAAAGAUGUAACCAGCUAACAGAUCCCUCGUCGAGCUAUUUAUUACCUGGGAUUAUGGUUUUUGUGGAGUGGUUAGCCUGUUGUCAUGAUGUUGCAGUAGGCAGUGAGAUGGAGGAGAAACAAGUGAAUGCCAGGUCUGUUUUCUGGAAGUACUGCAUUACCUUCUUCAAUAAGCUUAUAUCAAAUGGAUAUAUGUUUCUUGAUGAAGAUGAGGAUGAAACAUGUUUCUCCAAUAUGAGCAAAUAUGAUGAAAAUGAGACUGCUAACCGUCUUGCAUUGCCUGAGGACUUCGAAUUGAGAGGAUUUCUUCCUCUUCUUCAUGCCCAACUCAUCCUUGACUUCUCAAGGAAACCUUCUUUUGGAAUUGAUGGUAGCAGUAAGGAGAAGCAAAUCCGCAUCCAGAGGAUUUUUGCAGCUGGAAAGGCUCUUGCUAAUGUCGUCCAGAUUGGGCAGGAGGGAUUUUAUUUUGAUGCAAAGUUGAAGAAAUUUGUAAUUGGUGUUGAACCUCAAAUUUCUGAUGAUUUCGCACUCAUGGGUUCUUUUGAAGUUCCGAAAUCUAAUGGUAACACACAAGGAAUUUCAGUUGUGUCUCAAAUGUCUCUGGGUGCUAUGCAGCCAGAGCCACAUGUUAGUAUGGAUGGAGAGGAUGAGGAUGAGGUGAUUGUGUUCAAGCCAUCUGUAACUGAGAAGCAAAUAAACGACUUUGCUUCAAAUAUGACUUCUGAGGUUGCUUCUGGUGCGGACAAGUUUGAUUUUGGAAAUGAAAAUGGAUCACUUCAUGAAAGUUUCCUCUGGCAUAAUGCUUUAAGCACCGGCAUGAAGCCACCUGCAAAUAUUGCUAACAGCGCUGCCCAAUAUCUGCGUCCAGUUCAACCCAGCACUCCACAGUGGCUGGUAGAACAAGCUCCUGUAGUUAAUGGAUUUUCACACUUGAAUGUAAUGGAAAAUAGACCUGCCAUGAAAUCUCAUCUGCAAGAUCAUUCAAGAAUUUCUCAGGCUGCUGCCCUUUCUGUUCCCUAUCCACCUUUUGUCAAUCCUGAUGCAGCUCAUAGUUAUCCCAUUCAGACCCCUCAGACUGCUUUAUCAUCGAAGUUUGAUUCCAUUAUUUCUUCAGGAGCAGCUGCUGAUGGUCUGUAUGUGAAACCAACUUUGGUCGUGUCAGCAGGCUUGAAGAAAAAUCCUGUGAGUCGACCUGUUAGGCAUGUUGGUCCUCCACCUGGCUUUGGUUCUGUGCCUUCCAAAUUUGUGGAUGAGUCAAUGAAUAGUAUGACCUUGAAAAAUGAAAAUCCUCCAAUUCCACAAAUGGAUGAUUAUAGCUGGCUAGAUGGAUAUCAGUUGUCCUCGUCAAAUCAAAGUCUUGGAUUUGACCAUUCCAUUAAUAAUUCAGGGCUGAUGUUCGGUUCAGUGAGCAAGAAUAAUAGUUCAAUGGGGAUGUCAAGCUUCCCUUUCCCUGGAAAGCAAGUCUCCACACUGCAAAUCCAGGGUGAAAAGCAGGGCCAUCGGUUUUCUGAACAUAUGAAGGGAGUAUUGACGGUAGUGGACAUGGGGCUAUUCUUUCUGCCAUUGUGUGGUUGGUUUUUGCUGUGUUGCGGGCACUUGCUGUUGAACAGCUUGUGCCAUGGAUAUCAGCUUUUGGUGGACAAUGUAGAUGGAAUCAAGGGAAUUACUAGCAAUUUUCUACCUGGCGGUGAAGGACUUAGUUCCCCCCCACAUGAAGUUGCCACCCAAGAACUUGUUGAGUUGAAUGAGGCAGCACAUGAUGUUGACACCCAAGAACAUGCCGAGUUGAAUGAGGCCUUCGGGGGAGAAGAGUCGAAUGCUGGAGAUGCUGGGUACGGGAAGUAA